UAGAACAGAGUAGAGUGAUGGAGCCUUCCCAACAUCCUCCUGAUUGGCAGUGAGAUGUCGGCCAUCUUGGAUUGUAGCGGGGAAGAAGGAUUGAUGCGGUGACACGCGGCAUGUUUGGUGCUAACCGGAAGAAGUUUAUGGAGGGAGGGAUAGAGAGUGACUACCCGGACGACUCCAGUCUCUACUACAGCCAGCAGUCCAUGUUCCCUCCUCACCGUGCGGACAAAGACAUGCUGGCGUCUUCCUCUGCCUCCUCUACGGGUCAGCUGUCACAGCUCGGAGCCAGCCUGUACGGCCCGCAGAGUGCAUUGGGGUUUCCCAUGCGAGGCAUGAACAGCAGUGCAGCUCCUCCAUUGAGUCGCAGCGGGCUGAACCAGUCUGCCGGUCAGCUCUCCAGUACGCCCAAUGCCGGCUCGAUGCACACGCCCCCCUCACCCAGCAGGGGAAUACUGCCCAUGAGCAGCCGGAGCGUGCUCAAUCACAACCAGCAGGUGGGGGGUCCAACGGGGCAGUCAGGUGGGAUGGGAGGCGGAGAGCGUGGAGGUGGAGGAGGGAGGAGCGGCAGUAUGGGGAGUCCCAGCCGGUCGUCACCCAGCAUCAUCGGGAUGCCCAAACAGCAGCAAGCACGGCAGCCGUUUACCAUCAACAGUAUGUCAGGGUUCGGGGUGAACAGGAAUCCAGGCUUCAUGAACAACUCGCUAUCCAACAACAUCUUCAAUGGCACAGACGGCAGUGAGAAUGUGACGGGGUUGGACCUGUCAGAUUUCCCGGCAUUAGCUGACAGGAGUCGGAGGGAUGGAGGUUCGAAUCCCACCCCACUGCACAACCCGCUGACCGGUCGAGCUCCCUACGUUGGCAUGGUAACCAAGCCGUCCAGUGAGCAGUCGCAGGACUUCUCCAUCCACAACGAAGAUUUCCCAGCUCUCCCAGGGCCAAACUACCAAACAAAAGACCCCACCAGCACCAACGAAGACAGCAAAACGAAUCUGAACUCAUCGGGAAAGCCAGCCUCUAACUCAGAUGGUCCAAAGUUCCCUGGCGAUAAGAGCUCUGCACCGAGCAACAACAACCAGCAGAAGAAAGGGAUUCAGGUGCUUCCUGACGGGCGAGUGACCAAUAUCCCUGGUGGCAUGGUAACAGACCAGUUUGGAAUGAUUGGCCUGCUGACGUUCAUCCGGGCAGCAGAGACCGACCCCGGCAUGGUCCACCUGGCGCUGGGCUCAGACCUCACCACACUUGGCCUCAACCUCAACUCGCCUGAGAAUCUCUAUCCUAAGUUUGCGUCUCCGUGGGCAUCGGCUCCAUGUCGACCGCAGGAUAUAGACUUCCACGUUCCCUCAGAGUAUUUAACCAACAUCCACAUAAGGGACAAGGUACCUCCUUCACAAGACACCCCAAAGUUAGCAGCUAUCAAGUUGUCUCGGUAUGGUGAAGAUCUGCUGUUUUAUCUCUACUAUAUGAACGGAGGAGACCUCCUACAACUGCUGGCUGCUGUAGAACUGUUUAACAGGGACUGGAGGUAUCAUAAAGAGGAGCGGGUUUGGAUCACUCGAGCUCCGGGGAUGGAGCCCACACUGAAGACCAACGCCUAUGAGAGAGGGACCUACUACUUCUUCGACUGCCUCAACUGGAGGAAGGUGGCCAAGGAAUUUCAUCUGGAAUAUGACAAACUAGAAGAGCGACCUCACGUUCCCUCCACCUUCAACUACAAUCCUGCCCAGCAGGCCUUCUGAUUGGCUGUCUCUCCUACUGCCUGCCUGCCAUUGGCCCUCCUGACCCCAUUAGGUUUUUCCACCGGCACACACUGAACGGGGAGGACAUCCUGGCUCCUGUCCUCCUCUCUGAACAGACUUCAUCCUUUUAUUUUUUUCAGAUUUUUGUUCCUUCUUUACCUCAUCAUCGUUAUUAUUUUUUUUUUUAAAUUUCCCACUUCUCCAUCAGUUUGAUUUGGCUGGUCUGUGAAGUGGACCACAGACUCGAUACACAGACACAAGCACUGCAAAGUGUCCAUCUGAUUGAGUGACUCAUGUUUCUGCUCAGUCUUAAGAAUCGACUAUUUUUGUCUCCAGAAGCUUUUAAGAGAAACCAGAUUUUAACACAGGAAGUGAUCACCUUUCAGGAUGGAUAAUUAUUUCCCACUGUGUCGCACCUCUCUGAAACCUGGCGAUAUCUUUAACCCACUCUCUUUUAUCAGGUUUAUCCCCCAGCAUUACAAACCAGAGCACAUCAUCAGACAGUCAGGAGGACAUGCAAUGUACAUUGUAGCACUAUUUCAUAAUAAAAGAGGAAAAAAUA